ACAGCAGAGGAAUAGGAAAGACUGCACGAGUACUUCACAUUGGAAACGAAGACCAAAAUUCCGGGGAGACUAGCUUUGGACAUUCAAGUUGAUCCAUUCCAAGCUAGAUCAUUUGGAUAAACACCGACUUUGCUACCUUUGCACGUUAUAAUUUCUACAUUUCUUCUCGUGUCCAUGGCCUCUUCAUCAACACAGUCAGCACAGACGAUCAGCAGUAGCAGCAUGGGUGAAAAAGACAUGAAUUUCUACCUUCCUCUAUACAAAGCUGCAAUAAGGGGUGAUUGGGACGCUGCAAGAAAGUUCUUUGAUAUUAAUCCAGAAGCUGUCACAGCCAUAAUCGCGAAGAAUCAUGAGACGGCACUUCACAUAGCUGUUGGGAGAAAUGAAGCAUAUCGGUUUGUGGAUGAGCUAGUGAAGCUGAUGCCUCCAAAUGCUCUCUCUGUGACAAACAAAUUCAAUGAGACAGCCCUUCACUUGGCCGCCAGAUGCGGCAAUACUGAGGCAGCUAAAUUGUUGGUGAACCGAGAUCCUGAUUUGCCUUACGUUUGGAGUGAUACAAAAUUAUUACCUCUGCAUUUGGCUGCUUUGUUCAGCCACAAGGAGACGCUAAUCUACUUGUUAACGGUGACAAGCAAUGAUGCUGAACCUAGCCCUUUUGUUGGUCAAUCUGGGAUCACUCUCCUGAAUGUUGUUGUGACAUCAGGAUUCUAUGAUGUGGCUCUGGAUCUGCUUCGAAGCUAUCCUAAGCUGGCUACAACUAUAUCUCCUGGAGGGAAUACACCAUUGAGUAUCAUAGCUGGAAAACCUUCAGCAUUUCCAAGUGGAACAAGCUUAAGUUUUUUCCAGCAAGUAAUCUAUUUUUGUGCUCCAGAAAAGUUAGAGAAGCCCUUUGAUCAGAACGAAAGACAAGAUAUUGAAAACCAAUCUAAGAAGUCAAGCAACCUACUCUUAUAUGGGUGCCAAAAGUUUCAUUCAAAAUUUUGGGAAGUCAUCAGAAGGAUAGUGCCAUAUGUUAAACAUAUACAAAACAUAAAGUUGAUGCAUCAUCAAGCGGUUGAACUGGUAAAAUGCUUGUGCAUGGAAGAUGUGCAAGUUGACAACUCAAUAUCUGCCAGAAUAUUUAAACCAGCAAUCAUUCUGGGGGCAAGACUGGGAGUUUACGAGGUUGUAGCAGAAACAUUGAAGUCAUUUCCUAGUGCAAUUUGGUCUUUAGACCAAGACGGCCAUGAUUUAUUCCAACUGGCCGUUAUGAACCGGCAUGAAUCUAUUUUUAACAUUCUAUAUGAAAAGGAUGAGCAUUCACAUUUGGUGACACAGAAUAUUGAUAAGUACAAAAACAAUAUCUUGCAUUUAGCUGGAAAGUUGGCACCUCCUGAUCAACUUAAUCUUGUCAGUGGUGCAGCUUUGCAGAUGCAGCGAGAAUUACAGUGGUACAAGGAAGUCGAAAAGUUUGUCCAGCCCAGCUAUAAAGUGAAGGAAAAUGUUGAUGGUAAAACCCCCGGGAUGGUAUUUACUGAGGAACACAAGGACUUGAUUUCAGAAGGACAAAAUUGGCUGAAAGACACAGCAAAAUCAUGUACAUUUGUUGCAGUGCUGAUUGCUACAGUUGUAUGCACCUCAGCCAUAACUGUACCAGGUGGCAGCAUUCCUGACAAUGGACAUCCAAUAUUCGCUAAAAAUGGUGCUUUUAUCUGCUUUGCCAUUUCAAACGCGCUCUCUUUAUUUUCAUCUUCAACUUCAGUAAUCAUGUUUUUGUUCAUUCUGAAUUCGCGCUGUGCUGAAGCUGAUUUUCUAUACUUCCUACCGAAUAAGUUGAUUAUUGGACUUGUUACAUUGUUCCUUUCCCUAGCAGCGCUCAUGAUAGCAUUUGGUGCUGCAAUAUACAUUGUCUUUGCGCGUCAAAAGUCCUUGACCAUAAUCCCACUUUCUGUAUUAGUCUGUUUCCCAUUGACCUUGUUUAUGUCCUUGCAAUAUCCUGUUAUGAAGGAUAUGAUCAAGUCAACAUAUGGCCCAAGCAUAUUUGGUAAGAAAAGCAGAGCUCAGUUUCUGCAAUAAUUUGUGAAUAUUAAGUUUUAUUCUUUUGUUGGCACUUCAAAAUCUUGUAGCAAAUCAGUUAUCAUA